AGCGAAGAAAAGAGUUUUAACCUAGUCGGCUUUGAUUUCAAGAAAUUAAUCUGGUGACCGAUUACAAAAUUUGUAAUACCUGAAACAGAAAUAAUUUCUUCAUUUGUACGGUAUAUACGACCAUUGCCAUGAACAAUACAUUUUCCUUAGAUCGUGAGUACGGCGAGAUGAGCUGCUACAGUUUGAUGCAGGUGGACUUUAAGCAACGUUGUCUAUUAUCUAGGAAAAUUAAAAACUGCCAACGUAUAAUUCACUUUUUCGAUUAUUUCGGGUUGAUGUAUUGCAAUUUUAACGUUCAAACCAAAACGAAUGAAAUCGGUAUUGUGUGCAUAUUCAUAAUGAUUGCAAUUGCUCUGAUGUUAACACUCGUCCAUAUAUUGGGUAAAUAUUUUGGAGCCGUGCUAAAAAUAAUGUCGGUCAAGCUUCACAUGAAUGAAUAUGUAGCAGGCGCUACUCUGUUGUCAUUCGCCAAUGCCAUUCCGGAUUUGGUGGUCAAUUUAAUGCCGGUUCGUGAAGAGGCACCUUUAUUUACAAUAGCUAUAAGCAAUGCUUUAGCUGUUAUUCUACUAAGUGGGGGCAUAGUCUGUUUCCUUAGACCUUUCAAAAUAAAUGGACAUUGUGCUAUGCGUGAUCUUCUGUUUCUGAUGUUAGCCUGUGAGAUCAUGGCCUUUAUAGUUAUCUCAGGCAAACGGACAACUCAAAUAGAGGCCAUAUUGCUUGUAUUAUUGUAUAUAUUUUACUUUGUUAUUAUUAUUGUGGAUCUAAAGCUGGCACGUCUAACCAUAAAAUCGCUCAAGAAACAAAUAAAUGAGCUUCACAAAAAUACAUCUACACCUUAUCGAACUCGACUAUUACACGAGAAGGAACUUCUGUUGAACAAACUGGAAAAGGACAAUAUAUUACUUAUACAAAGCGACAGUGUAAGUGUCGGCUUAUACAACAUGCAGCGCAGAGCUUCGUCGGAUUUCAAGCAGAAAGGCGAACGCAGGGCAAUGAAUAGUACAGAAGGAAGAAUGAAGCCAUUGAUGCAUAUGCUUAAAAUUAAGGCACUUCGAAACAUAUUACAUAAUCCAAGCAAUCCAAGAAAUCUAUUCUUAUGCAGCGAGUUUUGGCAAACGCUAUUACCGAUCGAUAUGCAGGAUUGGAAGCUCGCUGGCUGCUGUAAACGCCUUUAUCUCAUGGUCACAUCACCCAUUGUUCUAUUGUGCACCAUUUUCAUACCUAUCAUUGACUAUCAGCAGCCCAAGCAUGGUUGGAGCAAGCUCCUAAAUUGCCUGCAAAUUAUUAUUACUCCCAUUCUGCUGAUCGCCUUGACAGAAGAAUUGUUUACCCUGGACAUUAAAGAUUGGCAUGUGACAUUAGGCUUUAGACACGCAACGUGGUCCAUGUUUCUUACUGUACCACUGGCCAUUAUCGUGUUAUUCCAGACUCGCACGGAUCGGCCACCACGGUAUCAUCUGCUCUUUCUCUCACUUACCGCCAUGACCGCUAUGCUCAUUAUAAUAACGUGUGCAAUCGAGCUUGAGGUACUUUGCUGUAUUAUUGGAUUGGUCUUAAAUUUGACCGAGAAUUUCGUUGCUAGCUGCGUGCGAUCCUUAGCUGCGGCUGUUGCUGAUUUGAUUAUGAACGUGGAAGUGGCUAUGCAGGGCUAUGAAAGAAUGGCGUUUGCUGCCGUGCUGGCCGGACCACUCUUCAGCAUAACGGUCUGCAUUGGCAUUCCCUGCUAUUUCAAUAAAUUUGCCCAGCUCAGAGGCUCGUCGUACUGGAUUUAUGGAAGGCAUGCUACGAAUUCUCACAUUUUCUUUGCCCUAAUGAUUUUCACAACAAUGGUAUGGACAUUGACAUUUAAUUUCUCUGCUCGACGUUCUGCGGGCAUCUUUUCAUUCAUAAUGUUUAUCCUGUUUUUGUUAUAUGCCGCGCUUGCUGAGUGGAACUGUGUCCAUGAUUUAUCAUAUGAUAGGUUUUUUGAGCCCCAAUAAAUCAAUAUGCUCGGCUUAAACAA